AUGAGAGGAGCAAACCAGUCAAACGUCUCUGAGUUACUUCUCCAGGGGCUCUCCAGCCUAGCUCCUUUUGUCUUCUUCCCAAGUAUGUACCUGGCUAUCGUCCUGGGAAAUCUCCUUAUCCUCCUGGUCAUAAGGAUGGACUACUGCCUGAACACUUCCAUGUACUUCUUCCUCAGAAAUCUGUCCUUAGUGGACAUCUGCUUCUCCUCCAAUACCAUCCCCAAGAAGCUGGCCAACCAUACUCAGAGUCAGCCCAUCUUCUCUGGGUGUCUCACACAGAUGUAUCUUCUCUUUGAGCUUACCAACAUGGGCCAUUUCCUUCUGGCUGUGAUGGCCUAUGACUGCUUUGUCACCAUAUGCCACUCCCUACACUACUCAGCAAAGAUGAUCCAGCAACUCUGUGCUCUGCUGGUCACUGGGUUAUGGGUCAUUGUCAGCCUGAAUGCUCUAUUGCAUACUUUGCUUAUGGUUUGACUCCCAUUCUGUGCAGACAAUGUCAUCCUCUAUUUCUUCUAUGGUGUGACUCCCUUCUUGGAACACUCCUGCUCUGACACACACUUCAGUAAGAAGAUGGCCUUGACUGAGGGUGCACGGAUCAUGAUUACCCCAUUUGUUUUCAUCCUGCCUUUGUAUAUCCAUAUCACCUGUGCUGUCCUGAGAGUCCCAUCCAAAAAGGGAAGAUGGAAAGUCUCCAUCUGUGUCUCCCACUUGGCUGUGGUUUUCCUUUUCUCUAGUACCAUCAUUGCUGUGUAUUUCAACCCUUCAUCCUUGCACUCAUCUGAGGACACCACAGCUACUGUGAUGUACAUAUUGGUGAUCCUCAUGAUGAACCCUUUCAUCCAUAGCCUGAGGGACAGGGACGUGACAGGGGCCCUGCAAAAAAUAACUGGCAGCAAGGCAUGCUCUUACUGA